AAUCAUUGACAAUCAUUGGGCAUUUUCACAAGCACCGUACAACCGUAUAGCCAUCGAUCGUACUGAGCGAGAACCGACACACCGAUCCAUCAUGGAUCCGCUUCAACACUCCCCCAUGGCCCAUCGCAUCGAAUCGACAUUGUAGAGCCGGCGUAGCACACCAAUCAAGUCAAUUCACCCAUUUGCAGUGAGCACACAGCAUUGGUCUGUGCGACAUACCAGCCUAACUCUGGUGCGUAGGAUCGGUACGAAUGCACUCACUACUCAGCACCCAGCAUUCCGUGUCUCUGCUGCUACCUGGAUGGCGAUGCAUGGCGCGAUGUAACGCUCUCUCUGCCCCCCUAAUUUCCAUCCUUCAAACCAGAAAACGCACUACCCACCCAGCUGCGGAUGAUCGCCCAACCUACAUGUCUACCUGGUACUAUCUCGGCGUGCUCAGAGCAACCUUUGUAAAAGCCUACACCAUACUGAUCAAGCACCGAGCACCGAAUACCGACACACCGAUCUACGAUCCGCUUCCAUCCCUCCCCAAGAAGCCCCUCGCAUCGUACCGACAUCGCAGAGCCGGCGUAGCACACCCACCCGUCGCAGGUCGAUCCACCCAUGCGCAGUGAACGCACAGCAUCAAAGUGGUUUGUGUGACAUACCGACCCGGCUCUGGAGCGUAGAAUCGGUAAGGAUGUACUCACCUCUCACCCCGCAUUCCGUGCCUUUUGCUGCGUAUAGCAUCCCGAUGGCGAUAGCAUGGUGGCGAUGUAACGUUUCCCCCUGUCUCCUGUCUUCCUUCCUACCUUCCUUCCUUCAACUCCGAGAAGCCACCAAGCUGCGGAUGAUGAUCGCUCAAACGCAUAUCUUCACCCGG